AGUAGCUUACAUCCUCACAGCCUGCUCCAGUCCUGUCUGUGUCUCCGUCCGGAUAACCGAGCCCUCUUCUCUGCUCUGCUGAGAGCCAGGCAACACACAAAACCAUGGAGGCUAUCAAGAAGAAAAUGCAAAUGCUAAAGCUGGAUAAGGAGAAUGCAAUAGACCGAGCAGAGCAAGCAGAGGUGGACAAGAAAGGAGCGGAGGACAAAUGCAAACUGCUGGAGGAGGAGCUGCUGGGCCUGCAGAAGAAGCUCAAAGGAAUAGAAGAUGAGCUGGACAAAUACUCAGAGUCCCUGAAGGAUGCCCAAGAGAAACUGGAGCAAGCAGAGAAGAAGGCAGCCGAUGCGGAAGCAGAGGUGGCGUCUCUAAAUAGGCGUAUCCAGCUGGUGGAAGAGGAAUUGGACCGAGCUCAGGAGAGGCUAGCUACUGCUCUACAGAAGCUGGAGGAAGCAGAGAAAGCUGCAGAUGAAAGCGAGAGAGGAAUGAAGGUGAUAGAGAACAGAGCAUCAAAAGAUGAAGAGAAAAUGGAAAUCCAGGAGAUGCAGCUGAAGGAGGCCAAACACAUUGCUGAGGAGGCGGACCGCAAAUAUGAAGAGGUUGCACGCAAACUAGUGAUUCUGGAAGGAGAUCUGGAGCGCUCAGAGGAGCGUGCUGAGGUGGCUGAGGCUAAAUCAGCUGACCUUGAGGAAGAGUUGAAAAAUGUCACCAACAACUUGAAGUCCCUGGAAGCCCAGGCUGAGAAGUACUCACAAAAAGAGGACAAAUAUGAAGAGGAAAUUAAAGUGCUUACGGAGAAGCUGAAGGAGGCUGAAACCCGGGCAGAGUUUGCAGAAAGGUCUGUGGCUAAGCUUGAAAAAACCAUUGAUGAUCUAGAAGAGAAGCUGGCCCAGGCCAAAGAAGAGAAUCUGGACAUGCACCAGGUGCUGGAUCAAACCCUGCUCGAACUCAACAAUCUAUAGAAGCUUCCACAGAGGUGGAUGAAUGAACCCCUGAAGCAUCUGAGGAGAGGAAUAUUUUCUCUGCAUCCACUCUAAAAGACAGUGCCUGAUUAUUUUCACUGUCAACUGAAAAUGUCCAUUUAUAGUGCCCUUUUUAUGUGUUCAAAUUGUUUCUUGGAAUGUAAAUAAAAAUAGAUGUAAGUCAUAUAAAUCAGAAGAAUCUAAUCAAUUAAAUUCUCAAGUAAAAAAAACUUAUCAAUAAAAAAAUAUACAAAUCAUUUAACAGAAUUCCUCAUUUUAACAAAUGGAAAACUGUUUUUUUUGUAAGAGUUUAUUCCUUUAAUUUAAAAAAAAAAUAAUUCUGUUAGCUUGGCCCUAAUACUCUGUCGUAGUGAAUAUGUAUAUGAAUAAAUGUUUACCAUCUGAUAUUCAGGGAUGUCUCAGAGAACACAUUCCAAGGAUAAACAAACAGCAAUGACUUAAUGCAAGUCAAAAGCAACAUAUAUUUACACACACAUUACAAAUGGAUAAGUAAAAAAAGCUUAGUGUGACAUAUGCUUUUAUUUUGGAAGGAUACAAAAAGAAAUCUUAUGACAGUUAUUUUUGAGUGUUUUUUCCCCUUUGUUUUUCCAAGUCUUCAAUGUGUGUUCAUUUUGGGAUUUUGUUCUACUGAAUAAGAACUGUGUUCUAAUAAACUAAUCAUUCAAUUAAAAAAAUUUGAAAAAUGA